CUGCUGCCCACGGCUCCUGCUGCUACUGCCCCGGGCCCCUCCGCGGAGUGCGCUCCUGCCGCCGCAGCCGCCGCAGCCUGCAUGGGAUCUGUAGCCCCCGCGCCGCCGCCCGGGAUUAAAAGCGCCGCCGCCGCCGGAGCAGCGACCGCGUCCGAGCUGUACCGGGUGCAAUGAGCGCUCCGAGCCGGCCCUGCCAUGGAAGGCUGUGACUCGCCUGUCAUCCCUGGGAAGGACAAUGGGUGUGGCAUCCCUCAGCACCAGCAAUGGACUGAUCUCAACAGUGCCCACCUCCCUGAUGCAGCCAGCAGCAUGGAGCAGCCUGCAGCAGAGACCCGCGGCCCCCUGGACAGCCUGAGGGUCCCUUUCCCAGAGCACGUCCCUGAGAGCAGCGCCGCGGCUGGCCCUGGCGCCGAGCCCACUGGCAAGGAGGUGAGCUGCGGGCAGUGCGGCGCCUCCUUCACUGGCCUGCAGAGCUACAUGGAGCACCGUUGUGCCAGCGCCCGCCCGGCCCCGCCACUGCGCGGGGAGAGCGGGAGCGAGAGUAGCGAAGACGGGGAGGAGGAGAGUGAUGUGGAGAACCUGGCUGGCGAGAUCGUGUACCAGCCUGACGGCUCAGCCUACAUCGUGGAGAGCCUCAGCCAGCUGGUGCAGAGCGGGGGCGCCUGUGGCAGCGGGGCUCUCUCCUCGCUGCUGCCAAGCUCUCUGCCCAAGCAGGGAGAGCCCUCCGCCGCCGCUCCCGUCUACCCACAGAUCAUCAACACCUUCCACAUAGCCUCAUCCUUCGGGAGGUGGUUUGAGGGUUCAGACCAGGCCUUCCCGAAUACCUCAGCCCUGGCGGGCAUCAGCCCCGUCCUGCACAGCUUCCGCGUCUUUGAUGUGCGACACAAAAGCAACAAGGAUUACCUGAACAGCGACGGUUCUGCCAAAAGCUCUUGCGUAUCCAAAGAUGUUCCCAACAAUGUGGACCUGUCCAAAUUCGAUGGCUUUGUGCUCUACGGGAAGAGGAAGCCAAUCCUGAUGUGUUUCUUGUGCAAGCUGUCCUUUGGGUAUGUCCGCUCGUUCGUGACCCACGCAGUGCACGACCACCGAAUGACUUUGAGUGAGGAGGAGCGGAAAAUUCUUAGCAAUAAGAACAUCUCCGCUAUCAUCCAAGGGAUAGGCAAAGACAAGGAACCCCUUGUCAGCUUUCUGGAACCAAAAAACAAAACCUUUCAGCACCCUCUCGUUUCUGCAGCUAACCUCAUAGGCCCUGGACACAGUUUUUAUGGUAAAUUCAGUGGCAUUUGCAUGGAGGGCGAGCAGGCCCUUCAGGCCGGGGCGGCCAGUGGAGCAGAGCCACCGCCGGCAGGCGUCCUGGCCCCCGGUGCACUCCUCAACCUGGGAGGGCUGACCAGCUCGGCUCUGAAGACUCCUAUUACCUCAGUCCCCCUGGGACCGCUGGCCUCCAGUCCCACCAAACCCUCAGAGGGGAAGGACCUUGGGGUGGCAGAGGGGGAGAAGCAAGAGGGAGGCGAGCAGGACAGCCUCUCGGAAAAGGCAGAGCCAGUCGAGGAGGUGGAGGAAGAAGAAGAGGAAGAUGUGGAAGAGGAGGAGGAGGAAGAGGAAGAGGAAGAAGAGGAAGAAGACGAGGAUGAUGAGGGUUGCAAAGGACUGUUCCCGAGUGAGUUGGAGGAUGAACUGGAGGAGCGGCCCCAGGAGGAUGGUGGGGCUGUGGCAGGUGGCAGUAGCAGCAGCAAAAAGGACCUUGCUCUCUCAAACCAAAGCAUUUCUAACUCUCCCUUAAUGCCUAACAUGCUCCAGACCCUGUCACGGAGCACAGCUUCUACUAGUUCUAAUUCUGCUUCUUCCUUUGUCUUUGAUGGUGCAAGCAGGAGGAAUCACUUAAGCUUUAACAAUGAGGGUGGCGGAGCCAGUGUGGCAGAGGGCAGCAGGAGGCUGGACUUUAUCGAUGAAAGUGCCAAUAAAGACAAUGCCACAGCACCAGAACCAAAUGAGAGUGCGGAGGGCGAGGACGGGAGCUACAUUUCCCAUCACCAGCAUGCUGGCCCCCUCUGUGAGCUUGGGAGUGGGGAGUGCCCUUCGGGGAGCGGCGUGGAGUGCCCAAAGUGCGACACGGUCCUGGGCUCCUCACGGUCACUGGGUGGCCACAUGACUAUGAUGCAUUCUCGCAACUCAUGUAAGACACUCAAGUGUCCCAAGUGCAAUUGGCACUACAAGUACCAGCAGACACUUGAGGCGCACAUGAAGGAGAAACAUCCCGAGCCGGGUGGCUCUUGUGUGUACUGCAAAAGUGGGCAGCCACACCCACGGCUGGCACGGGGUGAGAGCUACACCUGUGGUUACAAGCCCUUCCGCUGCGAGGUCUGUAACUACUCCACUACUACCAAAGGCAACCUCAGUAUUCAUAUGCAGUCCGACAAGCAUCUCAACAACAUGCAGAACCUGCAGAACGGAGGGGGAGAGCAAGUCUUCAGCCACACUGCCGGAGCAGCGGCAGCGGCAGCAGCAGUCGCAGCGGCUGCAGCAGCCAACAUUGGUAGCACAUGUGGGGCCCCCUCUCCCACCAAACCAAAAACCAAACCGACAUGGCGGUGCGAGGUGUGCGACUAUGAGACCAAUGUAGCUAGAAACCUCCGUAUUCACAUGACCAGUGAGAAGCACAUGCACAACAUGAUGCUGCUUCAGCAAAACAUGUCCCAAAUCCAACACAACCGGCACCUGGGCCUCGGCAGCCUGCCGUCACCUGCUGAGGCCGAGCUCUACCAGUACUACCUGGCACAGAACAUGAACCUUCCCAACUUGAAGAUGGACAGCACUUCCUCAGAUGCACAGUUCAUGAUGGGUGGAUUCCAGCUCGAUCCCACCAAUCCCAUGGCAACGAUGGCUCCAUCUCUAGUGGGUGGAGACAUCCCCCUGGACAUGCGGUUAGGUGGUGGACAGCUGGUGUCUGAGGAGUUAAUGAACCUGGGUGAGAGUUUCACACAAACAAAUGACCCAUCGCUGAAGCUGUUCCAGUGUGCUGUGUGCAACAAGUUCACUACAGAUAAUUUGGACAUGCUGGGCCUCCACAUGAAUGUGGAGCGUAGCCUCCCUGAAGAUGAGUGGAAGGCAGUGAUGGGGGACUCAUACCAGUGCAAGUUGUGCCGCUACAACACACAGCUCAAGGCAAACUUUCAACUCCACUGUAAGACAGACAAGCAUGUGCAGAAAUACCAGCUGGUAGCACAUAUCAAGGAGGGUGGAAAGGCCAAUGAGUGGAGGCUCAAGUGUGUGGCCAUUGGGAAUCCGGUACACCUGAAAUGCAAUGCGUGCGACUACUACACCAACAGUCUAGAGAAGCUGCGUCUUCACACAGUGAACUCAAGGCAUGAGGCCAGCCUGAAGCUGUAUAAGAAGACUCCCUCUUGGGACUGCGUGUUUCUCUGAGUGUCAGAUUGCUCCAUCACAGCAGCAUGGCACAACAGUUUUUACCUUCCUUUAGGUAUUUAAUAAUGAAAUAUGUUUAUACAGGAUCACAAAAAUUACAUUUUAUACUACUUUUUGAAAGAGUUGAGAUCAGAACUGUGGACAACACACAGCGCUGCCUGCUCUGUGUUUCAUUUGUGAACUUUAGUCACUUAGAUUCUUUCAACAGUUUUCCAGUACUGAGCCAUGUGCAACCAACAGCUUAGUGGAGAAACCACCAUGUAAAAACAACUUGAAUAACAAAUGAGGGAGACUGCAACUGGCACAGGAGCAAGUGAUGGCCACAGCAGGAGCUAAGGGUUAGCCAAACCAUGCAGCUAAAAGCUCUCUGUCAAACAGGAUUUAGAGUUCAAAGUAUUUGUGAGAAUGGGUAAAAAACUCCAAAUAAACAAACUAAACCCAAGAAAAAUAACCAAACAAAAAGCACCUUCGCAAGCUUUUAUCCUGAUCUGCAGCAGUCCCUUGAGAGCAACCACAGGUACUUUGGGCUUGUUUUCACCCUCGUUUACCAGGAUCUGUGGGCUCAUGGGGACAGGCUGAACACUGGUGAGCAAGAAGGGUCUUGCAAAGCUGCCUCAGACCUCGGCUGUUCUCUCGCAGUGAGAUGUCAUUGCUUCGAUGAGGCAUCAGUGUGAAUCUUGUAUGACCUUUCACCAUGCAUGGGGCCAGGUUUGUAUGUCUGUAUGGUUCAGGUUUUUUAUCCUAAUAAUUUUUUUGAUCAUGUGGAUGAAUGUGUAAAUUUCAAAGCAGGAUUUUUUCCAUUUUGGGUGAUGCUUAUUAUACAGACUUCCAGAGUGAGGACAAGAUGGUUAUGGUCAUCACUCUGACAUAGAGCCAUUGAAUGGCAGAAACUCUAGCAGAUCCUGCUGUGGUGGUGUAAGCUGUUGGGUACCUGGUGUUGCCCUGCAUAGACACAGAAGGUUGCUGCUCUCAGAGGAGAGUGUUGAGGGGGAGUGUGUGAGGACAAGUGGGUAGGGCUGGAAGAAGCCUGGGUGUAGGAGUGAUGGAGUGAGUGGGGAAAAGAGAUGUGGGGAUGUUUUGUACGACGCUGAAGCUGGUGAGUGGAGUUGCAGUACAGGGCUUGUGCACCCCUGCUUGCCAGUGUCUGCUGAAGACCUGUACUCAGAGUGAUUCCCCCACUGAUGAUCCUGUGCUUCCAUCUGGGCUAUCGUGUUUCUCUUUGGGUAGUAUUCCUGGAAGACCUAGGAAAUGCUCUUCAUUCCUUUUCCUGGUUGGGUUUUCAGCACUGUGGGUAACAGUCCUGGCAGGUAACUGCAGUGCAGCUGCAGGCUCUUUAUGAUGAGCUUAUUAAAUAAUGGAUAGCCAUUCAUUAACAUCCAUCUCUAGCAGUGGCUUGAUUUGCAAGCUGGGAAAGAGCCAUGAGGUGCUUUCUGCAACCUAUUCUGUGUGAUGUGGUGUGAACUGCUGAUUUCUGUUAGGCUGUGUUAGUGCAACCAGGCUGCAUGGCACUUUGUCAUUCUCCUGAGAUAAUGGAGCCAUUUCUGUAUAGAGUUUUGUAACAGUUAAAGUCCCCAAAAUUACUGUGGAAGCAGCAUGGGAGGUCCUAUGUUUGCUAUCUCCUAGGGAGUUCAUUAUAUCACAAUAAAUAAUGUAUGCAUAAUACAUAACCUAAUACCAUAAUGUUAUUUUGGUCCUACUUGCCAGGCCUAAAAAUCCUGGCCUCAGACUGUAAUGUGUGCAGUGAAGUUCUGCAAUUCAAAUUAGGCAAUACAUUACAGUUGUGCAACAGGUUCUCUCAAAGUUGUGCCUUUUGGUAUGGUUGGACAAGCUCCGGUAAACCCUAUUGCAGCACUUUGAAGAUACUUGUCUCCAGGUUAUUUUGCCUUGCUGCCAAAGACUGCUCCCCACACUGCAGAGCCACUGCUGGGGCAUGUAGCACACGGAGCUCUGGGCCCACAGAGCUGCAGUGAGACAGUGGCAGUGUUUAAGAUGGUAGGUGGAUAUUUACCACAAAGCUUCGUGAUACCAGUUUGCCCCUCACUACCUCCCAGGACCACUGCUGGGACACAAACAGACAGCAUGUUGGUGAUGUGUUAGGAGGAGCAGGCUCCAGCUCACAUGGCUCUGGCAAGGACUUG